UAUUUCUCUGAUAAAUGACUGUGUGUUUAGCAGUAUUGUGCUCUGAAGCUUUUAUUGUCGUACCAACAGUUUAUUAGAGUAUAAUAAGCAAGUUGUUUCAAUGUACCCAGUCGGCGGACGGAUUAUGUUGACGGAAGUAGACGUGGAUUUUGUGAUGCGAUCAGAGCCAACCUUUACAGAAAACUGAUACAUCUGUCACAUUUUGACGUCAAAGAAGCUUACGUGUAACUAGUAACUCAUAACCUGAACAGGUGCUUAUUUGGUCAGGAUUCUUUUUAUCGCUUGACUGUAAUUUACCAGUGUUUAUGAAAAUCUAGCUGUCAUCAUAAAGCCAAUGAACUGCCGUUCAUUGAUUCAGUACUUUUGUAUAAAACGGUUCGGUCGAUUUGAAAACAAGCUGAUUGUCAUUUAUGCGCGCAUCGAAGAAACUUAAGCCAAUGACCGCUCCACUAUGGAUAGGCAACAUAAAAGGUUUGAAUGUUGCUGACAGGAAUCGAACUCUGUUUUCAACUAGAUUUAUCCACUGAUAGAUAGUAUCGUAGAUCCAGUAUAUUGUAUUUUUAUGUCGAAAUAGUCCAUGGAGAAGAUGUCUCCAAUUCCUGCAAUUCCUCUUAUCAUCAACUGUUGUAUGUCUGCACUUGGGUGCAUUGCAACAGUCAAACUGAUUCCUGCUUUUAAGGAUCAUUUCAUAUCUGCCAGACUCUAUGGCUUGGACCUAAAUAAAACCAUAAAGAAAGAGGUGCCUGAAUCUCAAGGUGUAAUCAGUGGCACAGUCUUCCUUAUCAUCCUCUUCCUCUUCAUCCCUGUCCCUUUCCUCCAGUGCUUUAUGGGGGAGCAGUGCCAAAAGUUCCCUCACAACGAGUUUGUGCAGCUGAUCGGUGCUCUGUUGGCCAUCUGCUGCAUGAUAUUCCUGGGCUUUGCUGAUGAUGUUCUGAAUCUGCGAUGGAGACACAAGCUGCUGCUGCCUACUAUGGCCUCCCUGCCUCUACUCAUGGUCUACUUCACUAACUUUGGCAACACUCUCAUUGUCGUGCCCAAACCUUUCCGUGUGCUGCUGGGGAUGCAUCUGGACUUGGGCAUUCUGUAUUAUGUAUAUAUGGGAAUGCUGGCUGUAUUCUGCACAAAUGCCAUCAACAUCUUGGCUGGUAUCAAUGGCAUUGAGUCUGGGCAAGCUCUCUUCAUAUCUGGCUCCAUUAUCCUCUUUAAUAUACUGGAACUCAAUGGAGACUACAGGGAUGACCAUGUUUUCUCUUUGUACUUCAUGAUUCCCUUUUUUUUCACCACAUUAGCCCUCUUCUACCACAACUGGUACCCUUCCUCUGUGUUUGUGGGAGACACUUUCUGUUACUUUGCUGGAAUGACGUUUGCAGUGGUUGGGAUACUCGGCCACUUCAGUAAGACCAUGCUGCUUUUCUUCAUCCCCCAAGUCAUCAACUUCAUAUAUUCUCUGCCUCAGCUGUUUCACAUUAUUCCCUGUCCCAGACAUCGCCUGCCUAGGUUACAAUCUGACACGGGAAAGCUUGGCAUGAGCUAUUCCAAGUUCAAACAUAAGGACCUGGGAAAAUUAGGGCAACUUAUUCUGAAGGUGGCAGAAACGUUAUGGCUACUGGAUGUGUGUAGAGGGCAGGAAGGAGAUGAUGAGUUUAUAGAGUGUAACAACAUGACCCUUAUCAACCUGGUACUAAAAGUACUGGGACCUACCCAUGAGAGAAACCUGACUACAAUCAUGCUUUUAAUACAGGUCUUGGGGAGUGUCUUGGCAUUUGGAAUCCGGUAUCAUCUUGUGCGUCUGUUCUACGACGUCUAGACCACUCAAGCUCCUGAGAGACUUUACAACCUGCUACCUUUAUUUGAAGAACAAACAAAACUGACACAAAACUGAUUGUUGUAAGAAUGAUUACUAUACUGUUUGUCCUCUAUGGGAUCUUGAUACUACACACUGUAUUCCAGCUUCUCUGUCUGUAUAUCUGCAUGCGAUGGGACAGUGUACACAUAUGCCCUUAACUGUCAUUGGGGCAUGAAAGCUCUGUAGAUAAUGAACAAUGUCUGCAUAAGGAUAUCCAAUUAUUUUGGCUGACCUGAAAAGAAGGUUCUAUUCUGAAAGAUUAUUUGAUAUAUGCAGUUGUAUUUUUUUUAUUUUAUCUAAUAUUAUGCCUUUUGACUGAUUUAAAUAAACCAGUGUGACAAUGGACCAAACUA